AUGAGUAAGGAAGAAUUUCAGGUCAUCAUUGUGGGUGGCUCAAUUGGAGGCGAUCCGGCGCCUCAGAUUGGAGCCUCCAUCGGAAUCCUGCCGAAUGGAGCCCGCGUGCUCGAUCAACUCCAACUAUAUGAUGAGGUUGAAAGAUACAUUGAACCACUGAAAAAGGCAAUCAUCACCUUUGCAGAUGGGUUUAGUUUCAGCAGUUACUAUCCCACGCUAAUUAAUGAAAGGUUCGGGUUUCUGAUCGCAUUUCUAGACAGAAAGCGCCUGCUGGAUAUUCUUUAUACGAAAUACGCCGAUCGCGAUGGGAUUUUUCUAAGUGAGAGGGUUAUAGCUAUUGAAAGUUCUAGUGAUGGUGUGAUAGUAACUACGAGCAAUGGUCGGGAGUAUAAAGGCAGUAUCGUUGUAGGGGCGGAUGGUGUUCACAGCAUAAUUCGGAAUGAAAUAUGGGAGAUGUUAGAGAAAGAUAGCGGAACAAACAUUACUAGACAGGACAGGACCAGUCUCACGGCGGAGUUCCGCUGCAUCUUCGGCAUCUCCUCUGCGAUUCCAGGAUUGAAUCUAGGUGAACAAGUCAAUGCGUUGUUCGAUGGCCUGACAAUAGUGACAAUUCAUGGCAAGGACGGCCGAAUUUAUUGGUUUGUCAUACAAAAACUAGACAAGAAAUACGUCUAUCCCAACUGUCCUCGCUAUACAUCACAUGAUACUUCGGUUGCCGCAGAGGAAAUGAGGAAAACUGUAUUCUACAAGGAUAUCACAUUCGGACGUCUAUGGAAAAAUCGCGAGACGGCCUCAAUGACAGUACUGGAAAAGAAUACAUUUCAGAACUGGUCUCAUGGCAGACUAGUGCUGAUAGGUGAUAGUGUUCACAAGAUGACACCUAAUAUCGGUCAAGGGGCCAACAUGGCCAUUGAAGAUGCUGCCGCCCUAGCAAACAUAAUAUUGAAGAUGAAAAAAGGUUUGGUGACUGAGAUCCCAACUCCUGGACAAAUAGAGAGCAUGUUUUGUCAAUAUCACGACCUUCGGCAUGCACGUGUUGAUUCUAUCUACCAAACCUCCCGGUUUUUGGUGCGAUUACAGUCUCGAGAUGGCUUAUUGAACAAGAUUCUCAGUCGAUAUUAUGCACCAUAUGCUGGGGAUCUGUCUGCUAAUAUAGCAUCAAAAACCAUUGCGAAUGGCGGGUUGUGCGACUUUCUACCGACUCCAAAACGCAGUGGAAGUGGAUGGGAGAAGUAUAGCCGAAAGGGUCUCCACCGGAGCUUCGUGAACCAGACCACUUUCUUCGUCUUUCUCGUCAUUUUUAUUUGCGCUUUGACUUCUAAAGCGUCAAGCUACGACAGAUCUUGCUGGCUCUGGCCUUUCUAG